GGAAGAGAAGCAGCAGCAGCAGCAGACGAGCAGCUCCGGACAAACACCCCGCGGGACCUCCGUGCGUUUACUGCUCUUCUCAGGAAGCAUGUCAUGACCCAUGCUCGGAAAAACGCUUCCAUUGGCCAGUAUCGAGGCGAGGGGCGGGGCCACGUAGAGCGCUGGUCACAUGGUGAAACUGUGGGCGGAGCCUGGCCUGUGCAUUCAUUGCGAGAAGGCAAGGCCAAGAAAGACAUGGCGAAGAAAGUCAAGUCCAGCGCUUGGGAGAGUCAGUGUUUGGCAAAACAUUCAAUGAAAAUGAAUGAAACUAAGACCAAGAAAGGAAAGUGCAAUACUACGAGUGAGUGCCAUCGGAAGCUCUACCCGUUACGAGGAAGAAGCGAGGCCAAGAGUUGCCACGUUCUGCUCACUCGCCUUGAUGAUGACACCAAGGUGUGCGAGGUGGAUCCUAAUAGAGUUUCAGGGCACAAAAAGAAACCAAAACCCUACAAGAAAGCAGAAAACAGCAGGGAGUCAUUGCAGGAGCGCCUCAAAACCAAACCGGAGGCCACCAUUGAUAAACCUUCAGCUCAGGAGCCACGGAAACGUAGACUAGCCUCGCUCAAUGCCGAGGCGCUCAACAGUCUUCUGCUCGAGAAAACCGACGGGCCGCCAGGUGCCAAACUCGCUAGGAAACAAGGCGGUGGUUCGUCCACUACAGAGCAAACAAAGACCGGCUCGAAAAGAGCCGAAAAGACGUGCCAAAAGCCCAAGCGGAUGAAAAAGGCCUCGACCGAUAAGACGCAUGACACUUUGAGUUUGUACGCUCCCACUCCCAGACGCUUGGCUGGACUCAACGCCGCCGCGCUGCUGAAGCUCACCAGCUCAACCGCCGCAAACAAGCACAGGAUCAAAACGGACCGUAAGACCGUCUGCAAACCCCAAGCGCAGAAGUCCGGGAAACACAACUGGACGCAGCCUGAACUGGAAGGAGCCUGCGAAGUGUGCAAAAGCAGGAGCUUCGAGUCAAAGCCGACUCCGGAAAGCCACCGCUUGGCUGAAGCAGGAUACCAGAGCAUGCUGGGAUAUCGUCCCGUGAAGCUAGUAAAGGAGGAGCCGGUGGAAGCAGAGCUGAGUCCGUACUUCUGCUGUCCGCCGGAGGGUUCGGUGGGGUAUUGCCACCGGCUGGCGCUCUUCCUCGGGCGGCAGGCGUAUGGCGAGGGCGAGGAGCAGCCGGUGGUCAAGCACGAGUGCCUGGUUCCGGCGCAUCCGGCCCUGACGCUCAGCGCUCAUCCCUGCCUGUGUGUGGAUCCCUGCUGCUCCAGCUACUACGUCCACAUCGCUCAUCCGGGGACGGCGAGUCUGAGCGCUCGGAUGCUGCCCUGCACGCACUCCGGGUCCCAGCUGCUGGCCUCCUCAGGUGUCCCACACCCUGCCUUCUGCGGGUCAGUCAGGUCACCCUGCUGCGGCGAGGCCUGUCGGGUCAGCGGAUACGCCUUCAGCGCCGUGCAGAGCAGGACCUGCUCGUUUUCCACCAACUGCUCCAGCUGCAGCCAUCCAAUCAAAACAGAAGAGGAGCACAGUCGCACGCUCCUCAUUCCCCCGGCCCUGCCGCGCUCCGGAUGUCCCAGCAUGCCCCGAGUGACCCCGCGCCUUCUGUCCACGAUGUCCGAGGCAGAAGUCAGGCUUAAGGUGGGCAAAGAAUGCCCUCAGAACACCAAGCCAUCCAAUGGCUCGCUCACUAUGGGCCACAGCAGAUCAUCCCAGAAACACCCCACAGCAAGUGCCAAGCAUCAGAAGAAGGCGAGCCACCGGCAGGCCACGAACGGAUGGCGUCCGGUCGGAGUCCCCAUGGAGAAGGAGGUGUUUAUUGCGGGCGAUGACGAGACGGUUCUCCGUCAGAGUUAUGAAGGAGUGGAGCGCGACGGAGAGGUGAUCAGGGUACGAGACACUGUGCUCGUACGAUCCGGACCCCGCAAGAAAUCCCUGCCAUACGUGGCCAAGAUCUCAGCUCUGUGGGAAGACCCCAGAACAGGAGAGCUGAUGAUGAGUCUGUUUUGGUACUAUCGGCCUGAGCACACGCAGGGCGGCAGAGAUCCCAGCAUGCACUGCGAGAACGAGAUCUUCGCCUCCCGUCAUCAGGAUGAGAACAGCGUGGCCUGCAUCGAGGAGCGAUGCUACGUCCUGCCGCUAGCACAGUACUGUAGAUUUUGUGCCUUGGUGAAGCGCCGCUCGGAGGGCAUGUCCGACCACGCCCUGAUGGUGCCACGCCCCUCCGACAGUGCUGACCACGCCCACCGCCAGGUGCCACACCCCUCUGACGGCACUGGCCCCACCCACCGCCCGGUGCCACGCCCCUCCGACGGCACUGGCCCCGCCCACCACCUGGUGCCCGAUGGCAUCGACCCGCAGCUGGUGUACCUGUGCCGACACGUCUACGACUUCCGCUACGGCCGCAUCCUCAAGAACCUGCAGUGAGACUGUGAUCUGUGCGGUCCAGUGGAAGCGGAGCGGUUCUGGUCAGCAUUCAGGCCCGUUAGAUGGUGAUGAUGGAAGGACACGACCAGAACGAGUCUCCGGUCUUAAUCCACGAUUAAUCUGCCUUCUUCAUUUCUCCUUCAGAGACUCAUUCCAAUCUCUCUCUGUUCAUCCGCUCGCUGAAGGUUCGGUGGUUCUGUUCAACUCCUGGUCAAGCACACUGGACUGUCACACUGCUGAGGGAUGAUGGGAGAAUCUCUGAAGGAUCCACAACACUGAUGCUUUCAUAAAACAUCUCCAUUAGUCGAGACCAAGACUAGACCACAGACCCAGACUAAAGGUCUGUUCACGCCAAUAAUGAAAUAACGAUAACUAUAAUCACUUUAAUUUCAUGAGAAUAACGAGUUCCACCACAACUAUAACGGCACAGAUUAAGGAUAUUGUCAAAAUGAUAAAGAAUAAAAACAUUCAGAUAGCUCAAGCAUUUAAAGCGACGGACAAAACUUUAAAU